CCGACUAGAGAUCGGGAAAAUGUCUCCGAGGGCUUCUUCGGCUAUCAGAUUAGAACGACAGACAGCCUAUUGAUACUGACAGGUGAAGACGUCUUCGUGAAGCUCAGUUUGCGAGCUGAGGGCCUUUCCUCUGGAUGAGAUUGCUCAUCAAUCUUCUCUGGAUGCUCGAGAUGACUUUUGACUGCCGGCUCAACCUUCUAAAGGAUCUUAUCUAUCUGGAGAGCUUCAAUGGCUUGUACGGCAGGAUCCUCCAAGCGAUAUUCGAGAAUGGCGAAGAGGCCUAUGAAAUCUCUCAAAAAGUUACCCACUGUAUCGCCUUCUCCGCUAUCCCGCUAAACGUGGACGUGUUUGAGGUCAUGUUGGCAAUUAACCCCGGCCAGCCGACGACGGCGCACAGCCAUCUCUCCAACUACCCCAGCUGCAUCGCUGUCAUCACAGGAUCGCUGGUGGAGUUCCGUAAGGGAUUAAAUACCGUGUCCUUCAUCCACGUCACGUUUCACGACUUCAUGCUAUCACGCUGUGCUGAUAGACGCAGUAACGUCCAGCCGCUUCGUAGCCUGCCGUUCGAAUCAUUACCCCCUGACGUGAGCCCAGGCGAGUUGGAACUGUUGGACCCUGAUCGAACUAGGGGCCUAAUUAAUGUCCGUAUACCGUGGGCGAACGUACCGAUUCGCGAUUUUGGCUCAAGCCCUGUCUCGGCACGUGUAGCGGUACACAAGCGUCGCCGCUAUGCUGCCUCCCCCUCUCCACCGGAGACAUAGGCCCGCCGUCACCUAGAUAUCUUCUCCAUGAGACCCGAAGACAUCCACAUGCAGCUCGCCGAGAUUUGUAUCUCGCACCUUGUCUUCGACAUCCCAGCCUAACCGCUGUCCGACAUCCACGUCAAUGACGCAUCUGAUAUCAUGCAGGUCGAAGCAGCCAGC